UCACAGACUACGAACGGCAUGGUUUUGUUGUCAUUGGAAGUUAAAUCGCGAACCUCACGUACUUAACUUUUUAAAGCAAUAUGCCCUUCUUUAUCAGAGGAAAAAGACCACAGACAAGGCCAGAUAAGAAACCUAAAAGAAUCAUCAAGAAAAAUGGCCAGCCUCCAGUCAAGAGACCCAAGGUACAGAAGGACCUGGAUGAAGAAAUUACAAGCGAGGAGGAUGAAUACAUCAAGGGAAAACAAGAAAAGUUUGAAGAAUAUGAAACCGCAGAAGACCUAGAGACGCCUCAGGAGAAGAAAGUGAGAUUAGCACGACAGUAUAUCAAAGAACUGGAAGAGCAGAAAGCCAAUGACCAGGAAGCUAAACGUGUCGACUAUGAUGCCAUUGGACAUCGUCUUCAAGAGGACGUGUGGGAGGCAUCUGGCAAGCUGUAUAAACCAGUCGCCGAUACCAUAGCUGAAGCUGACAUGGAAAAUAUCCUCACCCUUAAAUCAAAACAACAGAAGUUACCCAUCACUUGUAUGGCUAUGACAAGUGAUGAUCAGUUUAUCUUCUGUGGAUCUAAAGACUGCUCCUUAGUUAAAUACACCAUAGAUGGCAAGAGAGUAGCUACUAUACCAGGGGGACGUAAGGGAACAGAGAAGGUUCACACUGGCCAUACAAGCCAUGUGUACUCCAUAGCAGUGUCAUCUGAUGGAAUGUUCCUUGCAUCUGGUGACCAAGGAGGUUACAUACAUAUCUGGAAUGCAAAAACAAUGGAGUUCCUGAAGACCUUCAAAAAACAUCGUGCUGCGAUCUCUGGACUGGCCUUUCGGCGAGGAUCUCAUACCCUCUACUCUUGCUCUCAUGACCGAAUGGUGAUUGUCUGGAAUAUUGAUGCCAUGGCAUUUGUAGAACACUUAGGAGGCCAUCAAGAUGCAAUUACAGGCAUAGAUGCACUGCAUAGAGAGUCUUGCAUAACCAGUGGUGGGCGAGACCAGUCAGUGAUUGUAUAUGUCAUUGUUGAAGAUAAGCAGCUGCGUUUUUCAGGUCAUCAGGAUUCUAUAGAUGGUGUCAAGCUAUUAAAUGAAAGAACAUUCUUCACUUAUAGUCAAGAUGGAACAAUAUGCAUGUGGAUCACAAGCAAGAAGCGACCACAGUGUGUUCACAAAGCUGCACAUGGCUACCAGGCCAAUGGACAGCCUCACUGGAUCACCGCCAUUGCCACAAUGGUCAACAGUGAUCUACUUGCGUCCGCAGGUUCCAUGGAUGGAUUUAUAAGACUGUGGAAAAUAAACACAGGUAGGCAGAGAGGUCUGGAACCCAUCCUCUCUAUCCCCGUAGCAGGCGUAGUUAAUUCACUGGAUUUUACAAGUAAUGGGUCACACCUUGUAGCAGCCGUGGGUCGGGAACAUAAGCUUGGACGUUGGUACUGUAUAAAAGAGGGAAAGAAUUCAGUUAUUGUAAUUCCAUUGAAAAAGAAAUCAUAAUAAUAGAGAACCAUAAGCAUUACCUGUACAAGCAAUAAAUUUAUUACAUUGUU